AUGGCGCUCAAGAACAAAGAUGAAGAGCAAGCUUCCUCUUUCAGCGACAACCAUGCAGAAUUAAUCUACAAGUCUCUUGAGCAGUAUAACCAGGACCAGAAACAGAAAAAGCGGCCUUCAUUUGUUCUCGCCGCUCUUAUAUUCCUCUUCAUCUCGUCUGCGGGAGGGCUUUCCCUUGCGAUAGUACUUAUGUUGCAGCCGACCGAGGUUAAAUUUACAUGUAUAUCGCGAGACCUGGUAUUAUUCGCGUCCGCGAUAGCUCUACUAUAUAUAUGCCUUCAUAUCAGAGGGGCCAGGAAGAAUUACAAGAGAAUAGGACCCGGACCGCCCCAAAUCUACGGACAUUAUCUUCAUGCCAGCGCACUUGUUAUUGCAAGGCUUGCUAUUGCCAUAUGGAUAGCUGCUUUAGUCGCAACGGCCGUCAUGGUCGCAAAGCCAGUCCCUUCAGACGGUCUUGCUAGAACAGCACCUUACUUAAACUUGGUAAUAUGUAUCAUAGCAAUACCGUCGUCUUUUAUUAUAUCGGCCAGCAUUGAAAGCAAUCCAACCCCUUUCGCAACAAAGGGUGUAUCCAAAGACUCAUUUUUGAACGGUCGUGUCAGCCAGUGUUUUAGUGAUCUAACGGAUCUCAGUGUUUCUCGCAGGGCUUCGUUACAGAGAAAGGAGAGCAAUAGUGCUUCUAUAGCCACAGUGCCUUCAGAAGAGAUCUUCCAACUCGGCAAUUCUAAUGCGAUCAGAACUGCUAGAAAAAUUGCAAGCCCACUCACUAUAAGGACUGAAGACAUACCUAACGAUAGGGCGGAGCUUGAGCUUAUGGCAAAUUCUCCCAUUAGGACAACUUAUACCGCCCGAACGGGCUUAGGUAACAUGCCUUUAUCGUCGGCUCCACGCGUGCUGAAGGUUCCAACAAAACUUUCAAAAACUCCUCCUCAGCCAGUAUACCAUCCUGGCGCAUGGCGAACCGAAUGGAACGACGUUGCUAAACAGGCCGAAGUACCAAGAACAACCAAGACAUCUAUAGAUACUUCCAGCGCGAAUCGCUCUGCUUACUCUUCCACGCCCGAUCGUUCAUCCCAUUCACGCUCGCUGUCGAAAAGUUCCCGCGAGACUAGUAAAGGGCAUCAUGUAACACCGAGCACUAGUAUCGCAAGCAGUGCAAAUCGCUCCCGAUUAUCAACAGUUAGAUACGCCUCACAGCCAGAAGUUGCUAUCCGACAAGCAAUUAGGGUCAUCAAGAACCCCAACUACUCACCUGCUAUGAGAGCUGCUACCGAUAAGGACCAAGACGUAAUCAAACCACCAGAGCCGGCUGUGGUGUCGAGAAGUGCGCAAACAGCGCACGACGAUGCUAAGCGGCCGACAUUGGAACGUAAACCAUCGAACUUUUCCCGUCCUUUGCCGCCGUCGAGGGAUUCAGAAGCAGACUCGGCCAUUGAGAUGAAGAUACCAGGAACAUUCACGACAUAA